GGGGGCGGGGCGCGUCCUGUGGGGUGGGGAGCGUUCUGUAACCCUUGGCGGCAGCAGCACUAAUUUGCGGACUUGGGCGUGGGACUGAGUCAGCCCGUCCCCAUCUCUGAGCCUGUGCUUAGGUUCUGCACGGUGAGCGGGAGUAGGCCUGCAGUGGAGCCUAAGACUGAGAGGAGGAAUUGGCGGGAAAGCGGACUGGUGAAAGGUGAUCCUGAGGAGAGCCGUUGGGGUUCGUGUUGGAAUUGGCCUGUGUCCUGUUAGCGGUGGCAGUUGAGAGUGAAUUCAUGAAUUAAAACUAACAAGACACCAAGAAAGCGGGGAUGGGCAGGAUCUCACACAUGAAUACAAUGUCUAAAUCAAAAAAUACAGGCUCCAUAAGCAGCUGCCUGACCUUUUUUAAUCUCGUGAACAAAAGUUCUCCGAAAAGGAAUUUGGAAGACAGAGACUUUAUUCCAGCAAACCGGGGAAGAUGGGAUACAAAGUGGCCCCUAGCUCCUUCCAAGCAUCAUCUGGACGAAUGCAUCAGCACCUGCAAAAGCCCCUUGAGCUCAGUUGUCAUCCCAUGUACACUGGGGAGAAAUCAGGUGGAGCAAUUGACGAAGGCUUCGCCCGUCGCCGGAACUUCGAGCUCUCAGUGGGAGCCGAGACGGUGCAGGACCCAAGAAGCGCCUUCUUUCCCAGCCUGCGCCCCGAUGCUGCGCGUCCUGUGCCUCCUGCGCCCCUGGAGGCCCCUUCGGGCCCGCUGCUGCGCUUCCGAUGGUGCGGCCGGGGGCUCCGAGAUCCAAGUGCGCGCCCUGGCGGGUCCGGACCAAGGGAUCACUGAGAUUCUGAUGAACAGACCUCGUGCCCGCAAUGCCUUGGGGAACGUCUUCGUCAGUGAGCUGCUGGAAACUCUGGCCCAGCUGCGGGAGGACCGGCAAGUGCGUGUCCUGCUCUUCAGAAGUGGAGUGAAGGGUGUGUUCUGUGCAGGUGCAGACCUGAAGGAGCGGGAACAGAUGAGUGAAGCAGAGGUGGGGGUGUUUGUCCAGCGACUCCGGGGCCUGAUGAAUGACAUCGCAGCCUUCCCUGCACCCACCAUUGCGGCUAUGGAUGGGUUUGCCUUGGGCGGAGGCCUGGAGCUUGCCCUGGCCUGUGACCUCCGAGUGGCAGCUUCCUCGGCCAUCAUGGGACUGAUUGAGACCACGCGAGGGCUCCUCCCGGGGGCAGGAGGGACUCAGAGGCUGCCACGCUGUCUGGGGGUGGCCCUGGCGAAGGAGCUCAUCUUCACGGGCCGACGACUUAGUGGAACAGAGGCCCACGCACUGGGGCUGGUGAAUCACGCUGUGGCCCAGAACGAGGAGGGUGACGCCGCCUACCACCGGGCACGAGCACUGGCCCAGGAGAUCCUGCCCCAGAACAUUCCAACCCGGGACCGGCUAGAGGGCAUGGCAGCCUUCAGGGAGAAGCGGCCCCCCACAUUUGUUGGUGAAUGACCCCCACUUUAACCUUCAGCUUGGGAGAUGCAUGCCCUGAAGAGCAGGAUCCAGAAGGAAGAUUUGUGGCCGGACUGCCUUCAUUAUUUCACCUCUCCAGGCUUCCGUUUCUUCACAAGGAUGAUGAUGGAGAUCAAAUGACUGGCGUGAUGCCUAGAACCAAGGUGCUGAUCCUACCACCUACUGCUGCCUUCCUUAGCUUCACCCUGGCUAGAAAUAAUCACGAGGGUUGGGUUUGCUUUGGAAAAUGCCUGUCUCUCUACUUGAAUGAUAAAGAAUUAAAUUAGAUCUCUCUGA